AAGAUGGAUCAGAAUCGUAUUGUGAUACCGAUUUAGAUGAAUUAUAUGUUGAUCCAUUUGAUAGUCGAUAUACUUCUAGUGAAGCAGGUGAAGAAGAUGAAGAAGAAGGAUUCUCAAAAACAAAUUCCCAAUCCAUAACAUCAGUGAUAACGCCAGCAACAGUGAGAAAACAUUAUCUCCAUGGUCAACACAUGCGUGAUUUUGGCUGUUACCUUCAAAAGAAAUCACGAAUACGAAUACAACCUAACACGGAAAAAACAUUGAAAAAGAAAAACAAUUCAUCAUUUGAGAAACAACUCCCAGUUUUUGACAGGGAAGAAAUUAUGUGGCCUGAAGAUGGUGAGGUAUGGUUUUACCAUGAAAUAAAACAACAACGUCAACAAUUUAUUCGAUCAAAACCAUCUCAUUUUCAAAAAAAAAUUCAUUCAUUCAGCUAG